AUGGCCGGGCACUUCGCGGGGGGCCAGGGGGUCCCGAGCCUCGCGAUGCUGAGCGAGGCGGCGCACCUGACCGACGACCGCCCCGGCACGUCGAAGGCGCCGCCCUUCCCCACGCCGAGCCUCCCACAGGCCCUCGACGCCGCGCACAUGGCGCACGUGCCGCUGCACCUCCAGAACACCGUCGGCACGUACUCGCAGUUCCAGAACCAGCUCCAGAUGCAGGAGCAGCAGCGCCGCCCCGCGCGGGGACGCCAGACGCGCUCGGGCGACUCCAAGAGCAGCAGCGCUUACGCGAGCCGGCACCAGGCCGCCGAGCAGCGCCGCCGCACGCGCAUCAACGAGCGGCUGGACCGCCUGCGGCAGAUCGUCCCGCACGCCGACCGCGCCAACACGGCCGCGUUCCUCGAGGAGUGCAUCAAAUACGUCCUGCACCUGGAGGACCAGCUGUACGAGGCGACGGGGCAACACCCCAGAUUGGGAGUGCGGUACAACAAGGCCCAGGCCGCGGAGCUGGCCGUCUUCGCCGACAGCAGGAGCCAGCCGAACGCGGGCGUCCCCAAGGUCAACGUCCCGGCGUUUGCGCACGCGCCGGUGCCCCAGCCCGCGGCAUGGGCGGCCAGCCAGCCCGCGAACGUCGGACACGCGCUCUCCGGCGCGGGCGGCGACCCCGCGGCCAUCCUCCAGCUCAUCGCGUCCUCGCAGGGCCAGAGCACCCUCGGCAGCCAGCUGUCGGCGCUCCCCGGGCUCCAGGCCCCGCCGGCCUCCCAGCCCGGGCAGCCGAGCAGCACGACCGCGCUCGUGCAGCUCGCCAUGCGCCAGCUGCAGGCCCAGCAGGCCCAGCAGGACCAGCGCGGCGCCCUCGCGGCCUCCCUGCCGCUCGGCUCGCUGCCCCUGAGCGCCCCGCUGUCCCUCGCGGGGGCGCCGCAGCCGCUCAGCGCGCCCCAGGCCAUGCUGCCGCCGCCCCCGAUGCUCGCGAGCCAGCCCGUCGACGGCGCCGCGCGCUCCGGCGCCCCGCUGCUCCCGGUCAGCGGCAUCGGCGGCGACCCCGCCAUGAGCCUCCCGGCCGCGCCCGUGAGCAACAACACGGCGCUGCUGCAGCUCCUCGGCGGGCUGAAGAACGGCGCCGACAACCAGGCGUCGGAUCACCAUCCCGGCGCCAGCGGCGGCGGCAGCAGCCACAACCAGGCGACGGCCAACCAGACCAUCCAGGCCGCGCUGCAGCAGCUCCUCGCCGCGCAGGCCGCGCCGACGUCGCAGGCGGCGCCGACGAGCGCGCCGCCGCGCAGCCAGCCGCCCACGUCGUCGCCCGCGGGCGCCGGCCAGAAGCGCGCUGUCGACGAGCUGCAGGAGAUGGCCGCGAAGCGCCCGCGCACCGACAUCCCCGUCGGCGGGGAGCAGGGGUCGCGCUGA